AUGGCCCCAGACCCCCCGAAAUUCCAGGGAGCCCCCUGGAUGGACACGCCCCCUGUGGCAAACCCCGCCCUUUCUCGGUGGCAAGUCCCGCCCCAUCCCGGCGGCAAGCCCCGCCCACCCACAGGCUCCCCUCAGAAGCCCCGCCCACCUGCAGGCUCCCCUCAGAAGCCCCGCCCACCCACCGGCUCCCUCAGAAGCCCCGCCCAACCUGCCGGCUCCCCUCAGAAGCCCCGCCCACCUGCCGGCUCCCCUCAGAAGCCCGCCCACCUGCCGGCUCCCCUCAGAAGCCCCGCCCACCUGCCGGCUCCCUCAGAAGCCCCGCCCACCCGCAGGCUCCCUCAGAAGCCCCGCCCACCCGCCGGCUCCCCUCAGAAGCCCGCCUCCUGCAGGCUCCCCUCAGAAGCCCCGCCCACCCGCAGGCUCCCUCAGAAGCCCCGCCCACCUGCAGGCUCCCCUCAGAAGCCCCGCCCACCUGCAGGCUCCCCUCAGAAGCCCCGCCCACCUGCAGGCUCUCCUUCAGCUGCGGCAGCAGCAGCCGGAAGCGCUGCACGGGGUCGAAGUCCUGCGCCUGCGCCGCCGCCGCCUGCGCGGGCAGCGCGGGGGCCCUGCGCGGCCCCCGGGGGCGGCCCCGGCCCCGCUCCGGGCCCCGCCGCCGCUCCGGGCCCCGCCGCGGGCGCUGAGGGCGGCCCCGGGCCCGGCCCGGCCGGAGGCGGCGGCGGCGCCGCCAUCAUCCGCGCGCGGCUUCCGGCGCGCGGCGGAAGUGACGCCGAGGCCGGGGCGCCGCGCAGGCGCGGCGGCGCGCGGCCAAGAUGGCGCCCCACCAUCCAGACGCAGGCGCAGCGCGAUGAGCCGGGCCACCGGCCGAGCUCGCACCGGACCCUCCCCGAGAGGUCCGGGGUCGUGUGCCGGGUCAAGUUCUGCAACAGCCUGCCCGACAUCCCCUUCGACCCCAAGUUCAUCACCUACCCCUUCGACCAGAGCCGGUUCGUGCAGUACAAGGCCACGUCCCUGGAGAAGCAGCACAAGCACGACCUGCUGACAGAGCCUGACCUGGGGGUCACCAUCGACCUCAUCAACCCCGACACGUACAGGAUAGACCCCGGGGUGCUGCUGGACCCCGCGGACGAGAAGCUGCUGGAGGAGGAGAUCCAGGCGCCCACCAGCUCCAAGAGGUCGCAGCAGCACGCCAAGGUGGUGCCCUGGAUGCGCAAGACCGAGUACAUCUCCACCGAGUUCAACCGCUACGGGGUCAGCAACGAGAAACCGAGGAUCGGCGUGUCGGUGAAGCAGCAGUUCACCGAGGAGGAGAUCUACAAGGACAGGGACAGCCAGAUCGCCGCCAUCGAGAAAACCUUCGAGGACGCCCAGAAACCCAUCUCCCAGCACUACAGCAAGCCCCGGGUGACCCCCCUGGAGGUGAUGCCCGUCUUCCCCGACUUCAAGAUGUGGAUCAACCCCUGUGCCCAAGUGAUUUUCGACUCCGACCCGGCCCCCAAGGACACCUCGGGGGCGGCGGCGCUGGAGAUGAUGUCCCAGGCCAUGAUCAGGGGGAUGAUGGACGAGGAGGGGAACCAGUUCGUGGCCUAUUUCCUGCCCGUGGAGGAGACGCUGCGCAAGCGCAAGCGGGACCAGGAGGAGGACGUGGACUACGCCCCCGAGGACGUGUACGACUACAAGAUCGCCCGGGAGUACAACUGGAACGUGAAGAACAAGGCCAGCAAGGGCUACGAGGAGAAUUACUUCUUCAUCUUCCGCGAGGGCGACGGCGUCUACUACAACGAGCUGGAGACGCGGGUGCGGCUGAGCAAGCGCCGGGCGCGGGCCGGGGCCCACUCGGGCACCAACGCCGUGCUGGUGGUGAAGCACCGCGACAUGAACGAGAAGGAGCUCGAGGCCCAGGAGGCGCGGCGGGCGCAGCUGGAGAACCACGAGCCCGAGGAGGAGGAGGAGGAGGAGAUGGAGGCCGAGAAGGAAGCGGCGGCCUCGGACGAGGAGCGGCCGAAGGGCAGCGAGAGCGAGGAGGAGGAGGAGGAGGACGAAGGCUCCGGCUCGGGCUCGAGCGCGGGGGGCGGCUCCGGGCGCAGCGAGGAUGAGGAGGAGGAGGAGGAGGAGGAGGCCGAAGGCUCCCGGGGGGGCCGCCGGGGGGGCAGCGACGCCGCCCGGGCCGCGCGGGACCAGGAGGAGAUCUUCGGCAGCGACAACGACGAGGAAGAGGAGGAGGAGGAGGAGGAGGAGGAAGAGGAAGGCAGCGAGGGGGGGCGGCGCGGCGCCCCAGCCCCCCAGCUCAGCCCCAGCGAGGAGGAGGAAGAGGAGGAGGAGGAGGAAGAGGAGGAAGAGGAGGAGGAGGAGGAGGAGAGAGCGCCAGCGAUGGCUCCGAGUCCUCCAGCGAGUGAGGAGGGGGGGAACCCAAACCCCCUCUCAAAUUACCCAAAAUUCCCCCCAAAAACCCCACAAAUUCCUCAAAUUCCCAAAAAUCCCCCCAAAUUCCCCAAAAUUGCCGCCAAAAAUCCCCACAAAUCCUCCCCAAAAUUUCAAAUCCCCAAAAAAUCCCCUCAAAUUCUCCCAAAAUCCCCCUCGAAUUCCCCCAAACCCUCCGAAUUCCCCCCAAAUUCCACAAAAUCCCCCAGAUCCCCAUCCCCAGCCCCGUUUUGGGGCAGAAAGCGGCAGCUCGGGGCGGUUUUUGUCUUUAAUAAGGUCAAUGGUUUCCAGCCAUGUCAUAACAAAAGGAUCAUAAUAAAAGUAUCUAAAAUAACGAUUUUUUUGUCUUUUUCUAUUCCGGGGGGGCUACAAAGGGGGGGGGUGGGGGAGGGGCUGUACCGAGGGGGGGGGCGGGGAACCCCCACCCCGGGGGGGGAGGGGCGGUGUUGUACCUAA